GCUGCGCCUAGGAGGGAACGGAGAGCCGCAGUGCCCACCCGGUGCCAGCGACCAGAUAAUCUGGAGUCUGCUCUACCUCUCUUCCUCUGUAUUGCCUUCAAACAUCACACUUCAAGGAAUAGUGACUGGGCUUACCAAUUCCACACAUAAACCAAAGAAGUCUGUUCAAGUGGGAAUCUGUCGACAGGUUCCCUGAAUUUCAAAUAGAAGAACAGAAAUGCCUCCACCGGCAGGUGGCCCACCACUACAUCCACCUCCUGAUGGGGGAUGGGGAUGGGUCGUGGUUGGAGCAUCUUUUAUCUCCAUUGGAUUUUCAUAUGCAUUCCCCAAAGCCAUCACAGUAUUCUUCAAAGAAAUUCAGCAAAUAUUCAACAGCAGCUACAGUGAAAUAGCAUGGAUAUCAUCCAUUAUGUUGGCUGUUAUGUAUGCAGGAGGUCCCAUAAGCAGUAUUUUGGUGAAUAAAUAUGGUAGCCGGCCAGUGGUGAUGCUGGGAGGUUUGUUAUGCUGUGCGGGAUUGGUCGCAGCCUCUUACAGCACCAGUGUAAUAGAACUCUACCUCACCGUGGGGUUCAUUGGAGGUUUAGGUCUAGCCUUCAACCUGCAACCCGCCUUAACAAUCAUUGGCAAAUACUUCUAUAAGAAACGACCCAUGGCGAAUGGACUUGCCAUGGCAGGAAGCCCUGUGUUCUUAAGUACAUUAGCUCCUUUCAAUCAGUUCCUUUUUAAUACUUUUGGCUGGAAAGGAAGCUUCAUGAUUUUGGGUGGUAUAUUGUUGAAUGCCUGUGUGGCUGGUUCUCUCAUGAGACCCGUUGGACCCAAACAAAAUACUAAGUCUGAAAAGAUUGGAGAAACAGAGCGUGAGUCAGGUGUGGGAAAAAGCCAUAAGAAGACAUCAGUAUGGGAAAAAAUUAAUAACUAUUUAGAUUUCUCCCUUUUCAAGCAUAGGGGAUUUUUGAUAUACUUAUCUGGAAAUGUCAUCAUGUUUCUGGGAUUUUUUGCCCCGGUUAUAUUCUUGGCUCCAUAUGCUAAAGACAGGGGAAUCGAUGAGUACUCUGCAGCCUUCUUGCUGUCUGUUAUGGCUUUUGUUGAUAUGUUUGCGAGGCCUGCUGUAGGAUUCAUUGCAAACACCAAACUUAUUCGACCUCGAAUCCAGUACUUCUUCAGUUUUGCGAUCAUGUUCACCGGAGUGUGUCAUCUCUUGUGCCCGUUGGCAGAGAACUAUAUAAGCCUGGUGUUCUAUGCUAUAUUUUUUGGCCUUGGGUUUGGGAGCGUUAGCAGCAUCCUCUUUGAAAGCCUCAUGGACCUGGUUGGCGCACAGCGGUUUUCCAGUGCCGUGGGGCUCGUCACCGUGGUGGAGUGCUGCCCCGUGCUCCUUGGCCCUCCUCUUGCUGGUAAAUUGGUGGAUGAAACUGGAGAAUAUAAAUAUAUGUAUAUAGCCUGUGGAGCUAUUGUGUUCCUAUCGAGUGUGUGGCUGCUCAUUGGCAAUACUAUAAACUAUAGAUUGAUCGCAAAGGAAAAGUUGGAAAAUGCAAAGAAGGAAAUUUAUAAUAAGCCUGAAUCCAGAGAAUCUGAACCCUUGAACAAAUCUAAAGAAUAUGAUGUUGAAGUCAAAAGUAUGAAAACGGGAAGCAAUCCCUCAGAAAGAGAAACUAAUAUAUAGCAAGAAUCACAUCUUUAAUUUCAGUGUUUAUG